GCAACCAGCACGGCACUUCAACAGAGCAAGGCAGAGGAAACUCAUCGACUACAGAACGAGGGAAGGGUAUCGAUAUAUAUAUAGAUACCGGCGGCAACGACCGAGAAAGAGCCUGGGGACGCGCGUGCGCAGCUUGUCCUACUGUACUUGCUCCGACAAAGUUGCGCACUUGAAGACUUUGUUCAACCAUGGCCGAGAUUUCUACCGAAGACGCCGUGGAGCAGCUGCACCAGAUGUUCGGCGACUACGACAAGACGGCCCUUGCUAAUGUUCUCGAGGCACACGGUGGGCACGUGGAGCGCACGGUGGAGCACCUACUCAGCAAUCCGCAAGCUGCUUCAGGAGGUGGAGGCGGCGGCGGCGGCGGCGGCGGUAGUGGUGGCGGUGGGGCUUCCCGCGGCACCGACCACGACGCGGCGUUGGCGCUGCAACUGUCCCGUGAGUGGUCGGACGAGCCGACCAACAUGCCCCCGCCGCCGGUGAGGCCGCAAGGGAUACCGACGCCGUAUGGCGUGGGCGGCGGUGGCGGUGGCGGUGGCGGUGGCGGUGGCGGAGGAGCUGGGGGCGUUUUGGCGGCCGAACGGGGCUCGAGCAUGGCGCAAUCAGCAGCAGGCGCAGCAGCGGCGGCCGCAUCACGAGGAGGCGGCGGGGGCGGUGGGGGUAGCGGCGAUCGAAGAGGCCGGCGUGUCGCGCUGCCAGAGCAGUUUCUGCGGACACCCGGCUGGACGGGCGGGGGCGCGGGCGAGGUGUCGAGCGAUCCGCAGGUAGCGGCGGACGCUAAGCUUGCCAUGAUGCUGCAGAAUGAAGCAUUUCAGCGCGAGCUCCAAUCGCACCCGGACUUGGCCUACCUGGGGAGGGGUUCACGAAGUGGCGAUAGCCGAGGGAAUGCGUUCGGCAUGGGUGGGGACGGACCGAGCAUUAAGGAGCAGAUGACCUCCAUGGGAAACGACAUCCGUCGCAAGGUGGACGAGUUGGCCGUGCGGUGGAAGAUGAAGGACCCCGGGCGGGCUGACCAGACCACGGAGUACAGCUCGGUGCCGCUGAUGAGCUCGGUCGAUGACGAUGCAGAUGACCAGGCUGAAGUCGUCCACUUCUCCCAGAACAACGCCACCCGCCGCAGUUCCUCGGGCGGCAGCGCCGCAGGCGUGGGGGUGUUUCGCGCCGAUUCCGCAGGGGAGGAGCAGCUAGCCGACCCCCGGCGUGCCAACAAGAAGGACCGGUAACGGCUCGGGGGCGAGCUUGUUCUUCUUUUUCGGCCCCGCUCCCUCGACUCGGGGCGUGCCUCUAACACGGGGUGGCCGAUUGUCCCAAGCCCUUCCGGGAACAGGCGGACCGGUAGAGGCAGAGCGUUCUUCGUUGGGCCUCCCUUCGUUCGGCGCUUUCUUGAAAUAUUUUGAGGGAGGGCAGAAGACUAUCGGUGCUGGUUUACUCAUCGUGUGUUGGUUUUUUGUUGCCGUGAGGUUGGUCGGAACGGCGGUUCCCGCGUUUUUGCGUUCGGAGUGGUGUAGGGAAUGGUGAUACAUGCACCCCCGUAGGGGGUGCGAGGCACUCCUGUACCCCCCCCUCCCCUUCCCCGACAUCGAGGGGGCUACCUCGCGACCCUGCGGCUGCUUUUGUUUGUGGCGUAUGGGGGCACUUGAUUUUGAAUCAACAUCGGGGAGCGCCACCGGUACAAUACGCUGUUCUGAAGAUGUUGCUUCGAUUUUUUCCUUCUGUUCUCGUUGAGGUCUCUGAUAGGGACGGUAGGGACUCUCGACUGCAAUGAUUUGGAUGGAUCCUCUGCACGGUAUCGGCAGACGGGUUGCAUCGGCGGCGCUUCACCUUGCUCAUGGUGUUGUUUCUUGGGCGUGGUGCUGUGUAAGCGUAUCCUGCCCUUUCGCAAAGGGUGUAUGUAGCACGACAGCACGGGAUUUUGUACGCUAUGGUUGUAGCUGUUUCCCCCCACCAGUCGUUGAGGCGGUGGCUGGUUGUGUUUUCGCGUCGUUUGACAGGGCUACUGUACUGCUGUGUUUGUUUUUUAUGAAGGACUUGUGUGUGAGAGGGAUACGCAUGGUGAAGUAGAGUAAUGUUCUGAAGUCUCACAGAAUGAGAAAAUACGUCGUAAUCGCGUUAGUCACCGUCCCGAUUUGUCUCGAAACAUAAGGCUUUAUUCACAUCCC